CACAUAUACAGCAGAAAUAAUUUCACAAUUUAAAAGACGGGCGCCAUGUAGAUUAUUACAAAUUGUUUUAAAAACAACCAAUUUUAACCAAAUUGUAUCUAAUAUUUCUACUGUAUUGAUAAAGAACCCACAUUUUGCACGUCUACCGUAACAUUUAAAAAUCAAUAUCUAGGAUUCGCAGGAGUCACUUUUAAAUGCAAUAUACUAUUUGUAUAUAAAUAUUAAAAAAAAAAAAUGUCAGACGAAGAAGAAGAAUCAAUGUCAGAGGGAUUUUCUGCCAGUGAAGAUGAAUGGAAGCCGUCAAAGAAAACCAAAGGUGAAUCCUCCGAUGAAGAUGAUGAUGAUAGUGAGUAUGAAGAUGCGGAUGUUGGGGCAGGACGAAGUGAUGCUUCUAAUAAAAAGAGAGAUACAAAGGGUAGAGGGGUCGCUAAUAAAGCAGUAGCUAAAAGGAAAAAACCUUUAGGCCAAUCACUACGUACAAAAUUGUACAAUAAAUAUCGUCCUCCUCCUAAAACUAUUUCAUCACCAAAUAGUGCUGGACACAACUCACCAUCAGCAUCUACAUCACGUACGGCUUCAAAAAACUUAAGAACGCCCAAUGAGAGCAAUAAUGAAGUGCUUAAUGACUCCAGCAGUGACUCUAGUGUUGAUAAUUAUUUUGUUAAAGCAAAUGAAUUAGAUUUACAUUCUAGUUUCUUCGAUGUGCAUAAGAAAAUGCAACCUAUACAACUGACUUCAGCAGCGCCAAAUGAUAAUUGUUUUGUUACCGGAAAUUUAUCAGAUUCUGGUUCAGAAGAUAAUAAUGAUACAAGUGGCGAGGAGAAAACUAAAGCUAAAGCUUUUGAUUUUCGUCAAUUACUUGAAAACGCUAGCAGUUUAGAACGUAUAAAGGAAACAAUUGAUAAACGAAAUAUUCAAAAAGAGGCUAAUAAAGAAGUUGAUAACAGCACUACUGCACAAAUGGAUGUCAAUGCAUUGCUAGCAUUGGGCGAAAAGCAAAAUUUGAAUAGCGAUUCAGGUGACAAAGAGCAAAAACUUGAUAUUGGCCCAUCUAAACUGAGUAAGACAAAAUCAACUCGUGUAAAGCGGCAUGUUAAAACACGACCCACAUCAACUGUCGUUGGUGGGGAUACGGAUGAAUCUGAUUUUGAGGAAGUUGCAGGUAGGAAACGCAAGUAGUUUAUUUAUGGUGUUGGUACUGAAAAGCUUACGCGCAAUUUAUCUGUUACUGCUACAAAAGUAUACUAAAAAUAUGCUUGUUAAAGCCAAAUGAGACUGCGUGCUGUUAGUUUACGCAAAAUUAUUUAAUUACUAAUCGACAUUAACAAAACAGAAAUAGAUAUUUCAAAGCA